GGCAGCUCGCGGGGAGCGCGCGGAGCAGACGAGCGACGGCGCGCAGAGGGGAAGAUGGAGGUGAGGGUCGGGGAGACGCUGCUGUGUCUGUCGCUGCUGUCCAGCGUCUUCUUCGUGGAUCCUGUCCUCGGGAAAUACGUCAAAGGCCUCGUGAACACCAAAGAGGACUGGCUUUUCCUCACUCGCUUCUGCUAUCUCACGGAUUUCGGACGUCUGGACUUCCGGUUCCGUUACCCAAAGUCUCACUGCUGUCAGAACAUAUUGCUCUACUUUGAUGACAGCUCCCAGUGGCCCGCUGUGUACAAGAGGCACGAGAAGAACUGCUACCAGAAGGAAGCGGUGCUGAGGCCCGAAAACAGACAGGUCAUCAACCUCACGACCCGCUACACGUGGUCGGGCUGUGUGGUGGAGGGCGACGGGGACGAGGAGGUUCUGAGCUGCGUGGGAGGCCGGAGCUUCCGCUCGAGGAGGGAGAGAUGGUGGUACAUCGCACUCAGCAAGUGCGGGGGCGAGGGCCUGCAGCUGGAGUACGAGAUGAAGCUGACCAAUGGGCAGUCGUUCUGGACGCAGCAUUUCUCUGCGGAUGAGUUCGGGAUCCUGGAGACAGACAUCACCUUCCUGGUCAUCUUCUCCCUGGUGUUCCUCCUCUCCUGCUACUUUGCCUACAAUCUGAAGGGACGGCAGCUUCUUCACACGACCUACAAAAUGUUCAUGACGGCGGCUGGUGUGGAGGUGCUCAGCCUGUUGUUCCACUGUGUCUACUGGGGCCUGUAUGCCAGAGACGGAGUCGGCAACGGCAGCCUGAAAAUACUCGGGAAAUUACUGUUCUCGGUCAGUUUCCUGAUCUUCCUCCUGAUGCUCAUAUUGUUGGGAAAAGGUUUCACAGUCACCAGGGCAAGGAUCAGUCACAGUGGGUCAGUUAAGUUGAGCAUCUACAUGACAGUCUACACCAUCACCUACGUCAUCCUCUUCAUCUACGAGGCAGAGUUCUUCGACCCGGGCGACGUGCUGUACGCCUACGACAGCCCCGCCGGCUACGGGCUGAUGGGCCUGCAGCUGCUGGCCUACGUGUGGUUCAGCUACGCCGUGCUGGUCUCUCUGAAGCACUACCCGGAGAAACAGCCCUUCUACAUCCCCUUCUUCACCACCUACACCCUGUGGUUUUUCGCCGUGCCCGUCAUGGCUUUGAUCGCCAACUUUGGGAUUCCUCGUUGGGCCCGAGAGAAGAUCGUCAACGGGAUCCAGCUCGGCAUCCACUUCUACGCUCACAUGGUCUUCCUCGUCAUCACUCGCCCCUCAGCAGCCAAUAAGAACUUCCCGUACCACGUCCGCACGUCACAGAUCGGGAUCCUGCUGUCCAGCCCCAAAGCGGGCGAGGGGGGGGAGGGCUUCCCCCACCACGCCUACGGAAACGGCUCCUUCCUGGGAGACUCUCAACCCAACUUCACGGAGCUCUUCUCCAUCCACUCAGACCCGGUGAAGACGGUGGAGGAGACGGUGGCCCGCAAAGCCCCCGAGGUGGCGAGGAACAGCGAGCAGAAGAUCAUCACCACUGCUGCCGACUUGACGGCCAUCUCGCCGCCGCCGCCAAUCCCCCCGCGGCCGGCCACGAGCUCGGCCCCCCCGCCCCCCUCCUUCACAGAGUACUUCAGCAUGCAGGGCGGAGGGGGCGCCAUCGGAACCAAGGCGUGAGGCAGGAGGAAAUAAAGGUGUUGAAACGACGUCAGGAGGUGGAUCCUUUUCACCCGGAGAGAAGAUUAGAGAAGCAAUAAAUAUUUGAUGUUGACCAGGAGAGGCACGCGGGGGGGGGGGGGGGGGCAGGGGGGCAGGAUGAUCGCUGCGGAAACGAACAAAAUCUUGAAAAAGACUCUUCAAAAAUUCACGAGGCGUUGAGGGUCCGCAGGAGUUUGUAAAUAGCUGAAGCGCACAGAGCUAAAUAUAGUUUCAUUUCAGGUUAGCGCCGUUUGUUUUAAAGAGACUGAAGAGGCCAGUAGAUCCGUCCAAGUGUUAAACAUCAGAAAAACUACCGCUUUUUUACGUUGGUCGCCUUUUGAUAAAGUCACACGCCGUUUGUUGGGUUCACUCCAUUGCAGCUGGCCCCUAAAACACGCAUGUUUCUCUUGUAUUUCGUGUCACAAAGCGGAUACAUGUACCCCCACGUGACCAUACAAUAUCAGCGUAUUGUGCGUAUUUUGAAAUCUAUACUUUUAUAAAUGCAUACAGUAGGCUUUUGUAUACUUUCGACUGGAUAGAUGCAGUUAUUUGUGAAUCCAAUGGAAACCGUGUGAGCCGAGUGUCUCUGGAGAAUGUUUCUGGUCACAUGUUUAAUGUGUGUAGACGUUGGUGAAUGUACGAAUGCAAUAGAGCACAACAACGGGGGGGGGGGGCGUCCAAGUUACAAGAGUACAACUUUUGUUACGUUUUCCUAUUCCUAUGAGAGUAGGGGGCUUUCUUAACUUCACCCCCACCCGGUACCUGAAACACGCACAUUGGCUUCAUCUCACUUUGACGUUUAAUCCCUGUGAACAAAUAGGGUUUUUUUUAGCAGCUAAGAUUGAGCUAAUACAUACGAGUCUUGUAGAAGAACUGUGCAACUCAACUGUACAUUUAGUCGUCCUGCAUGGAGCACUUUAAUGUUCCUGGUCUGUUUAUUCGUGACGUCACACCGUAGGACUGCUUUGAAUCCUGUACUCACACACACACACACACACCUGUAAAUGUAGUCUGAAGAACGCUCUGUUUACCUGCAGCUUCCUGCAGACAGACCAUCCAUCGGGUCUGAUGCAGCUGGUUCAGAGCACCAGUCAUUUGUGGUUGCGUCGCGUUUGUGUAUUUGAGAUGUCUGAUGUCGUCCUGACUGCUUCGACCUCGCGUAUGUUGACGUACAAUUAUGGAACCAGAGGGGAGGAUGUGACGCUUAUGUUUGCAUGACACAAAACAGCACAGCUUCUAGGAGAGCACAUCACUGUCGAGAUGCAUUUUAAUGUUGUCAAAUGAACAUUCUAAGUAUGCCGUGUAUACAGCUGCACCUUUUGGCCAAAAUAAUAAAUCUGUUUUUACUAGA